UCGCAGGGCUGCCAACUGAAAUUAUUAGAGUUCUUUCAAUACGCACGCGCCAUCCCUACCAGAAUUUAAUUUGACGUUUUACUUGUGCAAGACGGUACGAAAAAGCUUCAGCAGUCACCUCUCACGUCUUGCCGCAUCUUGGCUCGGGAUUUGGGACUUGGAGCAUAACAAAGACAAAAAGACGCUAAAAACCUGUUGAAUGUUGAAAAGUUGAAACGACACUAAAAACAAAAGCAGAGAGAAGAGAAAGAGAAGAAAAUAACUGUACAAAGAAGGCCACUGACGACACUGACGUUAGCCACGGCAGAGGGUUUGCACCAGACUGAUCGUGACUGGCAGAGAUGUCUUCGAUUGUGUCUCAUGAAUGGGAGCUUCUCGAUCCCUGCCCUGAUGUCCAUGGCAUGUUUAUCGAGUUCAACCAUAAAUUCUUCUGGGGGAAGCUAGACGGGGUGGAGGUGAAAUGGAGCCCUCGAAUGACCCUGUGUGCUGGGGUCUGCAGCUAUGAGGGCAGAGGUGGUCUGUGCUCGAUCAGGCUGAGCGCUCCGUUGUUGAAGUUGAGACCGAGAAAAGAUCUUGUUGAAACCCUUCUGCACGAAAUGAUUCAUGCUUAUUUGUUUGUGACUGCAAACAAUCGAGACAGAGAUGGCCACGGUCCAGAGUUCCAGAAACACAUGCAUAGAAUUAAUGGAGAAAGUGGCUGCAAAAUUACAAUCUACCACAGCUUUCAUGCAGAGGUGCGUGUUUAUCAGCAACAUGUCUGGAGGUGCGAAGGCCCAUGCAAAACCCGGAGACCAUUUUUCGGUCUUGUUAGACGAGCCAGCAACAGAGUGCCUGGACCGAGAGACCUGUGGUGGGCUGAGCACCAGAAAACUUGUGGAGGCACAUUUAUCAAAAUCCAAGAGCCUGAAGAAUUCACCAAGAAAAAGCAGUUGGAGGCUGAGAAAAAGGAAAGGAACAAUAACAAGACCAAUGCCAAGGCUAACGGAAGCAAAUCAGGGGACAUCAGGAAGUUCAUCAACACAACAAAUAGUGAUAAAUCUAAAACAUCAGGUGCCGCUGUCCCUUCAGGCGCCCCAACAAAAAAACCCUCCCCAGUAAACGGCCUGAAUGGACCUGCAGCGUCCACUAGUGGCGCAAACAAAGUUACAAGGCCAGUGAAUGGUUCAGGAAUUGCACCAACCAGCAACAUUUCAGGAUUUGGCGACUUUGGAUCUGGCAGUGGUGCUCGAAGGGGUGUCGGAGGAGGAACUGCAACUGCAAAUAGAGGUGGCAAGACAUUGGUGGUUACGGGCAAGAGAAAAGACGACGAUCAAGUUGCCAAUAAGGUGGAGAAACCAAUGUCAAAUUUUGUUCCAUUCCAAGGGAGAGGAAAAACUAUUGGAUCUGCAUCAACCUCAUCUGGAAACGUUCUCCAAGACAGACAAAAGUUCCUAGACAGAUUCAAAUCAUCAAAAAAAGAUGAGAACCAACCCAAGAAAAAGUUAAAGACUGAGAAGACAGAUGACAACAAGGACCAAAUCCACUGUCCUGUUUGCAACAAAUCAUGUGCUGCAGCUGAUCUGAAUUCGCACCUGGAAGAGUGCCUUCAAAAUAUGAGUUUAGAGGAUAGCGAGGUGACCAAAAGCACAUCAGAGGCAGAGGUGAUUGUUUUGAGUGAUGAUGAAGAGGACGAGAAAGACUUGGAACAAUGUCCCAUUUGUUUGGCUUACUACAACAAGGAUUCCCUACAGAGACACAUUGAAAACUGUGUUCAACAUCUGCACGACUCCUUCAUCGAGCUAGGAGAUGAAGAGGUUGUUUAUGAACCAACACAGAUGAACAAAGAUCAGGUUGAUUGUCCUGUUUGUGGAACUCAAGUGCACAAAGACAGCAUUAACGAACAUUUAGACACAUGCCUUAGUUAAUUUGUGGGAUUAAAAUUGAAUGUAAAGGUUAUGUGGCUGUUUGAUUUUUUUUAUGGCCCAACAAGUAGGCUUAAUUUGGCAGCUAGAACUGGCUGUCCAUUCCCUCUCAAUGUAAUUUUCACUUCUAUAUUUGACAUGUUUGAGAGAAUAAAAGAAUCGAAUUAAGCUAUUUGAAAGUACUCGUGAAAAGAUUCAUAGAUCUGAAAUUAUGUGAUUUAACCAAUUGAAUUUAAUACAAAUAAAAAUUUCUCAGGAAGA